UUUUUCCUGUUUUUACCUUCAUCGGCCGUCGCCAAUGGCGAAUGACGAACGGCCCGGAGACCUCCCACAAGUGCUUGUUCUCGGUCCUCCAAUUAGCUUCCCAUUCAUCAAAUCCCUUUACUCUCACAAGUUCCAUUUCCUUGACCCCAACACCUCCUCUCUUCCGCUACACCAAUUUCUCACCGCCGACGGUCGUGAUCCUGCAUCCAUUCGCGCCAUUCUCUCCGGCGCCAAAUCUCCCGUCUCUCCCGAGAUCCUCCGGCUUCUUCCAUCGCUCGGCCUCGUCGUCUCCUGCAGCGCCGGAUUGGACCACAUAGACUUGGCAGAGUGCUGCCGCCGUGGAAUUCAGGUCACAAGUGCCAGAAAUGUGUACUCGGAGGAUGUUGCCGAUAUGGCGGUAGGUUUGCUGAUCGAUGUCGGUGCCAAUAUUUCGGCAGCCGCUCGGCGUGUUCGGUCUCAGGUCACGUCUGGCGCGUUCCAUUUUCCGACGAGCUUCAAGCUUAGAGGCAAGCGAGUUGGGAUUGUAGGCCUCGGAAGCAUAGGCAUGGAGACAGCAAAACGACUGGAAGCAUUUGGUUGCAUCAUAUCGUACACCUCAAAGAACAAGAAGCCGCUUGUGUCAUACUCAUUCUAUGAAAGCAUUGUAGAGUUAGCAUCUACUAGUGACGCACUUGUUCUCUGCUGUGCACUGAACGAACAAACGAGGCAUAUGGUGAGCAGGGAAGUGAUGAUGGCUUUGGGAAGAGAAGGAAUCAUUGUGAACAUUGGAAGAGGAGGUCUGAUAGAUGAGAAAGAAUUGGUGAACUGUUUGGUGAAAGGAGAGAUUGGAGGAGCUGGUUUGGAUGUGUUUGAGAAAGAGCCUCAUGUUCCUCAAGAGCUUUUUGAAUUGGACAAUGUGGUUUUGUCUCCUCAUGCUGCUGCCCUCACUACAGAAUCUAAAAUGGGGAUUUCCCAACUAGUGGCUGCCAAUUUGGAGGCCUUUUUCUCAAGUAAGCCUCUACUUAGUCACGUGAGACUGGAUUGAGAACUAUUUUGCUCUUUUUGUUGUUGGGUACAAAUUGGUUCUCUCAAUUUGAUGUGUCAUCUUUAAUAUUUGUAUGCUUUAGGUGAUAUGACAGUGCCAUUUUAUAAGGCUCACUUUUACUUAAUUUGGGUUAGGUAAUAACUUUUUCCUAAAUUAUAAAUCCAAAAACGCUCAAGAUCCUAAAUUCUUUUUUUGCUUUAA